GUCUCUAAGGUAAGAGAUCUAAAGGUAACUGUUAUAGUUGUAGGACUCGCACUUCCUGAUACUUACAUUUGGACCUACACUUAGAACACGAACGGAAGCAUUUCAUGAUGUCAAAUCCUGUAAAUGAAGGUGCAUCUCCUCUAUAUGACAAUGCAACAAACAGCAAUCCAUUUGCAGUCCCAGCGUCAAAUGUGCACGUGGCGUCUUUCUUUCAGAGCGUCAAUCCUCCGCCCCCCUACUACGUCCCUCCUUCAACUCACACAAGAAGUGUCCCCACUGUGGCACCACAAUGGUAUCCCUCCACCAUCAUCCCGCAAAAUAUAAACCCAUCUUUACCAUUUUUCCAAACAUUUUUGAUGGGUAAACCAAAGGCUUUGGGAAUUCUGGUCAUUGUGGCAGCCAUCUUGGAGAUUGGCCUCGGCAUUGCAUUGGGCUUCACCCUCUUUACUAUCACGCUCCCAAGUGGCAUUCCUUUUUGGGGCCCUGUGUUUUACAUCAUUGCUGGAUCUCUGACAAUUGCAGCUCAGACAAAACCCAAUACCUGUUUGAUCAGAGGCUCUCUGGGACUGAACAUCGUUAGCUCCAUUUUCAAUAUGAUAGCUGUGAUCCUAAACAUUGUUGAUUUUCUAAUCAGUCGGUGCUACCUUUCCAAUUACUCAUACUAUAACAGUUACUAUGAUGGAUACUAUAGUUAUUAUGACUAUGGAAAUUAUAAUUAUAAUGCUUACUAUCUAUGCCAACAGAAACUAAAUGGUAGUUAUGCUGUUGUUUCUCUACUACUUGUGAUAAAUUUGCUGCUCUUCUGCGUCACCGUUUCCACCUCUGUUUUUGGAUGCCGGUCUCUCUCAAAAGUACAAAAUGUCAACCAGGUGUUCGUGAUGCAGAAUGAUGUCGUCCUUGCUAUGAAUACUGGUGUUCCCGUUCCUCAAACUACCAAUUAUGCUCAACAACCACCAAUACCGGCAUAUUCAGUUAAUGUAGUUAAACCUUGACCAAUCCAAUAAUAAAGAGAACCAGUCACCUACAUAUUUUAUGGAUGGAUCAGCUUUCUAUUGGAUUGCUUCCUAAUUAUUAUGAAUCAGUAACUUAGCAAUAUUUGUAAAUUCUUAGAUUGUGUUUCUGAAAGUGAUUUCUAUUGGAAAAGAAGGUUUCUUAAUGUGUUGGACUGACCGGGAGGCAGCACUUGACUUGAGAAAGGGGAUUAUCUUUUUCACCUCUGUCAGUACCAUUUAUCAGCUCUCUAUGGUUAGUCCUUCACAGGACUUUUUUUCUCAGAGAAUAAGUGCAGGAGCUCCCUCCUUCUGAGUCACUUCGCCCCCUACCAACCUCUGAGCAACAUCCCUUAAUUCCACCCUU